AUGUACUUCUUUCUCUUAAACUUGUCUCUCCUGGAGACCUGCUUCAUAUCUUCCAUCGUCCCAGUGAUCCUGAGGAACCUGCUGUCCCAGAGUAAAGCUAUUUCCUUCUCUGGUUGCAUCAUCCAGUGUUUCUUCUAUUUCUUCCUAGGUAUAACAGCAUUCACCCUCUUAUUUGUCGUGUCCUUUGAUGGCUGUUUAGCCAUCUACAACACACUGCGCUACCCCACUCUAAUGAACAGCAGAGUGUGCAUUCAACUAGUGCUUGCUUCUUGGUUAGAAAGUUUCCUUCUUUUAAUCAGCCCAGCCAUCAUUUUAUGUAAGCGGCCAUACUGUCACUCUAAUGCCAUUGACCAUUUCUUCUGUGAUGCUGAGCCUCUCUCAAGACUCUCUUGCGCCGAUACCAGAAUCAUGGAGGUAGCAAACUUUCUGAUGGCAGAGGCUAUGUUACUGGGCUCAUUAAUGCUGAUGACACUGUCCUACGUUUACAUCAUGGCCACUGUACUGAGGAUCCCAUCUGCCUCGGGGAGAUGCAAGGCCUUCUCUAUAGGUGGUGCUCACAUCACGGUGGCCUCCAUCUUCAUGCACGUCAGACCCUCACAGGCACGUUCCUUUGAUAUCAAGAAAGCUGCGAAUGUGCUGACCACCGUUGUAAGAUGGAUUCAGUUUGCCAUCUUAGUUUUCCUUUAG